AUGUCUUACGGCGGCGACGAUUACGGCGGUGGACGCCAGCAGCAGGGCGGCGGCUACGGAGGAGGGAAUGAACAAGGACGCCAUCAACAGGGUGGCCAAGGUGGAGGCUACGGAGGAAACGAUGAGAAUUAUGGGCGUCAGCAGCAAGGGGGAGGUGGCUACGGCGGUGGCGGACGUGAGGACUACGGUGGGCGCCAGCAAGGUGGCCGCGACGACUAUGGAGGGAAUCAACAGGGCGGAGGCUAUGGAGGUGAUAGCUAUGGAGCUGGUAACGGUGGUGGUGGUGGUGGUGGUUAUAGUCAACAAGGAGGCAACUUCGGUCACCAAUCGGACCAUGGCCGCCAGGAGGGUCGAUUCAGUGAAGGUCAGCAGUCUGGUCAAGGCUAUGGCCAUUCCACUGGCACUCAAUAUGGUGGCGGUAUGGGAGGUUAUGACAACGACCUAUCUGGCGCCGCUCAGCAUGCCCAGCAGCACGCUGGCGACAGUGGUGAUGGAAAUAUGUUCAGCCAGGUUUUGGGCAACCUACAAGGCCGACACCAGCAGAUUGCAAACGAGGACUUGGACGAGCAGGACGCGGUCAGGAAACAUCAACAGAUGUAUGGCCAAGGUGGACCAAGCGGGCCUGUAGACUCUGGUAGCAUGGGUAGCGCUGCGGCCAUGCAAGCAUUAAAGAUGUUCUCCGGUGGAGGGGGCCAGCAACAAGGUGGUCAGCAGGGCGGCGGAGGUCAGAACCAAUUCGUUGGGAUGGCGAUGGCCCAGGCUAGCAAGCUGUUUGAUCAGCAGCAUGCUCAAGGCAACGUCCAGUCAGGAAACAAGAACGACGCGGUCUCAUCCGCCGCCCAGAUGGCCUUGAAGAUGUUUAUGAAGAGUCAGGGUGGAGGAGGUGGUGGAGGAGGAGGAAUGGGAGGGUUGAUGUCCAUGGCCAGCAAGUUCAUGUGA